AUGAUGGACAUCUCAGUGAUGGAUGACUCCCACUCUUCAACAAGUGGCAGUGACAACACUUCCGGAAACAGCAGCAAUAGCAUUUCCAACAGCAACAGUAACAACAAUAGUAACAACAUUAAUAAUAAUAGUAGUAGAUUGUCACGUAAUAUUAGUGGCAGUAGCUCAAGUAGUCUGAGGAGCCUGCUCAAUAUAAAGGACAGUAACACGUCGCCACCCCUGCAGACACAGGGCAGCCGCAUCGGCGUCAGCAGCUCAAACAGCUUCAAGCGACUAAACUCAAUCACACUGGGCGACCACGGCAGUCUGGAGGACCUGCUCAAGGGCUCGCUGCCAAUGCUGUCCAACGGCGGCCCAAGCAGCAACAACCUGCUGCGUUCCAACACACCACAUCGCAUCGAGCGCGUCAAGUCCAAGUCCAGUCUGGAAGACCUGCUGCUGGUGUCCGAGGACAACUGGCGCACGGCAACGCCCAACCGCAUCACAAACUCCAAUAGCAACAGUCUGGACGACAUCUGGCGUGGCCUGACCUUCUCGCCCACCUACAAGAACAGCAUGCCCUCGGCACACUCCUUCCUGGACAACGAUGGCACCAAUGGCGACUCGCAAUCAGUGUCCACUCCCAUGUCAAUCCUGCCGUCAUUCUCCUCCACCAAUCUUAAAGACCUGAUGGCGCCAUCCAGCAGUGUUUCAUCACUCAAGCCUCCAACAUCCAGCGCAAGCGUCGACGCCAAGAUUGCUGAGCGCGAGGCACGUGAGAAAAGCAUAGAUACAUCGCCAACGGUGGCUGCGGCCAACAACACAAACAGUGGUGUUUCGCCAGACCUCCCCUCGCCACGCAAGAUCGACAUUGCUCUGCCUAGCGGCGCUGGUCAGCAGACAAUGUUGGCGCCGUCACCACUUCGCAUGACGCCCACCAAGAUAUCAUCUGACAUUGAAUCAUCAGAGUACAGCGAUGCCAGCGAUGGUAACAGCAACACCUCUCCAAUAUCACCUCACUCUGAACAGUUAAACUCUGAGAAGAAUGGUAACAAUCAGCAACAACAACAUAUACAAGCUCAACACCAUUAUCAACUUCAACAACAGUAUCACCAGCAACAGCUGCUUCAUCAACAGCAUGCUCUACAACAACAACAACAACAACAAGCACAGCAACAACAUGCUCUCCAACAACAACAACAGCAAGCACACCAACAACAACAACAACAACAACAGCAACAACAACAAACAAGCCAAACAGACACAAACACAAACAAAAAAGAUAAGGAGAAGACUACCAAGUCAUCCAAGCAGAAGACAUCACCAACGCUAAAGACAUCGACACACUCACAGAAGAAGCGCGCAAAGAUCGAGCCGGACAACAAGAAGGAGGACAGUCCGAGACAGGCUCAGCCUGCCUACCCCUCAGCCGCGGGCGCAUACGGUGCCGGAGGCAUGCAAUCAGAGAUCGAAUCCAGUCCAUUCCGUGGCACCAACGCCUACGGCUUUUCUACAACGCCCGCCACUGCUGGACAGUAUCCCAACUCAUUCAUUCAACCUCAACAACAACAACAGGCGGCAGCGGCGGCAGCAUCAGCGGCAGCAGCAGCAGCAGCCCUGCAGCAACAGAGACAGCAUCAACAUCUACAACAACAGCAACAACUUCAGCAGCAACAGCAACAACAACAACAACAUGGAGAGAUGAAGCGCGAGAUGGACAUCCCAGCAUUGUGGAGCGAGAUCAACAAGUACCUCAAUGUGCUGAUACACACGACCACCAAGGCAACCAAGGGCCAGUCGAUCGCCUUCCACGAGAUCACUGAGGGCAUCACAUCGUGCCACGCCAUCAUGACUGACCUGUCAGAGAUCAUGAAGGCUGCCAACCCAAUCGAUCCCAACACCUACUCGAUGAUGGUGCAGAGCGGCAAGAUAACGCCACCCGGCAUGUCAUCGAUAUCCAACACACCGAUCCUUGGCAGCCAGGCGCAGGUUGCGCCGUUCUACGCACAGAUGAUGGCUCAGAGCCCGCAGCACAUGCCACCCGUGAUGCUGGGCGCAUCACCCGGCGUUCAGGGCCAGGUCUACCCCAACCACAUGCUGCCAGACUCGAUAUACUACAACCCAGCCGCUGCUGCCAUGAUGAAUAAGCACAUCUUGAGCGGGCAGAUGACGCCCAACUCUUCGUUGGGUGGCCCUGCCGUGGGCGGCCUGUACAACAACAUACCAUCCAAGAAGCCACCCAGAAGGAGAAAGCCAAGAUUUGGCGAUACCGAGCUGACGUGCCACCAGUGUGGCGUCACUAACACACCAGAGUGGCGUCGUGGACCAAAUGGCGCCAAGACGCUGUGCAAUGCUUGUGGUCUGGCGUGGGCCAAGUCGAUGAAGAAUGAGAAGCAGAAGGAGAUACUGGCCAUGUCGUCGUCUGUGGAUGGCAAGAAGACAAAUGGCAAACCUGAGGACCUAAACAACAGUAGAACAGAUUUAGCAUCUAUGGAUGAUGACAAAGAGGAUGAUGAGGAUGACGAUGAUGAUGAGGAUGAUGUUGAGACAAUCAGUGGCAGUGGCCAUCAAUCACACGAACAGCAGCAACAGCAACAACAGCAUCAACAGCAUCAGGUGAUACAGACACAUCCCCAGCCUCUCGUCACCUAUCCCAAUUAA